AUGCAGUUUUGCAAGUCACUAGGUUGUCAGACCGGGUUGAGGCAGGAUAUUGUGGGCUUGUGGCUAUUGGUCGUGUACUUGUGUGGCGAGUGCGAGGUGAACUCGUUGGAUUCUGGAUCCUUCAUCGUAGGGCGAGAGGCUGCCACAUUAAAGAUUGUUGUAGGCUCCCAUAUAUGGCUGGAGGAUAAAGAUUUAGCUUGGAUUGAUGGCGAGGUUUUCCGGAUUGAAGGUCAAAAUGUCCAUGUCCACACUACCAAUGGAAAGACGGUUAUUGUGAGCAUAUCAGGCAUUCAUCCAAAGGACACAGAAGUGCCAUCUGAUGGCAUUGAUGACAUGACAAGGCUAUCAUACUUGCAUGAACCUGGUGUUCUAAAUAAUCUUGCUGUUCGAUAUGCAAAAAAUAUAAUUUAUACCUAUACUGGCAAUAUUCUGAUUGCAAUUAAUCCAUUCCAAAGUCUGCCCCAUCUUUCUGAACCCCGUACCAUGGAGAAGUACAAAGGUGCAAAUUUUGGUGAGCUAGACCCUCAUGUGUUUGCAAUUGCCGAUGUUUCUUACAGGCAGAUGAUGAAUGAGGGAAAGAGCAACUCCAUUUUGGUGAGCGGUGAAAGUGGUGCUGGUAAAACUGAAACCACAAAGAUGCUAAUGAGAUAUCUUGCUUUUUUGGGUGGACGGUCUAGAACAGGGGGGAGGACAGUUGAACAACAAGUUUUAGAAUCUAAUCCAGUCCUUGAAGCUUUUGGCAAUGCAAAGACUGUCCGUAACAACAACUCAAGUCGAUUUGGAAAAUUUGUUGAAAUCCAAUUUGACAAGAGUGGGAAGAUAUCCGGUGCUGCCAUUAGAACAUACUUGCUUGAAAGAUCUCGUGUUUGCCAAAUCAAUAGUCCAGAGAGAAACUACCAUUGCUUUUACUUCCUAUGUGCAGCACCAUCGGAGGAUAUCAAAAGUUAUAAGCUUGCUGACCCAUCAUCAUUCCACUAUCUCAACCAAUCCACGUGCAUUAAACUUGACGAAAUUAGUGAUGCUAAGGAGUAUCUUGCAACACGAAGUGCAAUGAAUACAGUUGGCAUUACUGAGCAGGAACAGGAGGCUACAUUCCGGGCAGUUGCUGCUGUGCUCCACCUCGGGAACAUCAGUUUUGUGAAAGGGAGAGAGGUAGAUUCAUCUGUAAUAAAGGACAAGAAAGCUAGGUUCCAUCUUAAUGCAGCAGCAGAGCUCUUGAUGUGCGAUUGUGGGAAUCUGGAGAAUGCAUUAAUAAAGAGGAAAAUAAAUACACCAGAAGGAGUUAUAACCACAACAGUUGAUCCUAAUUCUGCUACUGUUAGCAGGGAUGGCUUAGCAAAGCAAAUAUAUUCUCAACUAUUUGACUGGCUCGUAAACAGACUAAAUGCCUCCAUAGGACAAGAUACAUCCUCCGACCGGUUGAUUGGAGUACUUGAUAUCUAUGGUUUCGAAAGUUUUAAGACUAACAGCUUUGAGCAAUUAUGCAUCAAUUUCACCAAUGAAAAACUUCAACAGCAUUUUAAUCAGAAUGUCUUCAAAAUGGAGCAGGAAGAGUAUAACAGGGAGCAGAUUGACUGGAGCUACAUAGAAUUUGUCGACAACCAAGAUGUUCUAGACUUGAUUGAGAAGAAGCCUGGUGGAAUUAUUGCACUUCUUGAUGAAGCUUGUAUGUUUCCUAAGUGCACACAUGAAUCAUUUUCUCAGAAGCUGUAUGAGAAAUUUAGGAAUAACAAAAGAUUUUGCAAACCAAAGCUUUCUCGCACGGCGUUUACCAUACAACAUUAUGCAGGAGAAGUAACUUACCAAUCUGAUCAUUUCCUGGACAAAAACAGAGACUAUGUAGUUGUGGAACAUCAAGAAUUACUUAAUGCUUCCAAGUGCUCUUUUGUGUCAGGGUUAUUCCCAUCAGUACUAGAGGAGAACACAAAAGCAUCAAAGUCUUCCAUUGCUACUCGCUUCAAGUGGCAACUCCAAGAACUAAUGGAGACUUUGAGUUCUACGGAACCUCAUUACAUCAGAUGUAUUAAGCCCAAUAAUCAUCUUAAGCCUACUACUUUUGAGAACGUCAAUGUUCUGCAGCAACUUCGGUGUUCAGGUGUUCUUGAAGCUAUUAGAAUCAGCUGUGCUGGAUAUCCUACAAGAAAAAUAUUUCAUGAUUUUCUCUGUCGAUUCUGCAUUCUUGCUCCUGAAGUUUUCACAGAAAGAAACAGUGAAAAGGUGACAUGCCAAAAGAUUUUGGACAAGAUGGGACUUCAUGGUUAUCAGAUUGGAAGAACAAAGGUGUUCCUGAGAGCUGGUCAGAUGGCUGAAUUAGAUGCUAGAAGAACUGAAGUGCGGAAUAAAGCAGCUAUAGCCGUUCAGAGUAGAUUUCGCACUCAUGUUGCUCGUGAGCAAUUCCUUGCAUUACGCAUGACAUCAAUAUCAUUUCAAUCUUUUGUUAGAGUGAUAUUGGCCUGUAAGUUGCAUGUUUUCCUCAGAAAACAAGCUGCAGUACUGCAUAUACAGAAAAGCUAUCGCUGCUAUUUUGCUUGGAAGACUUAUUCGGAGCUAUGUUCUUCAGCCAUUACAUUGCAGACAGGGUUAAGGGCCUUUGGUGCUUAUAACGAAUACAUUAUCAGAAAACAAAAUAGAGCUUCUAUUUAUGUCCAGGCUUGUUGGCGUUGCCAUAGAGAUCGUUUGAAUUACCUUAAAAUGAAAAGAUCAGUGUUAAUUUAUCAGUGUGCAUGGAGAAGACGAAUUGCUAGAGGAGAACUCAGAAAGCUCAAAAUGGCUGCAAGGGACACAGAAGCCCUGAAGGUGGAGAAGGAGAAACUUGAGGAGCAUGUGGAAGAGCUGACUAGCCGUUUGGGCUUGGAAAAGAAUCUUAGGAUUGAUCUAGAGAAGAACAAGGCAAGAGAAAUUUCAAAACUACAGGCCGCUCUUCGUGAGAUGGAGCAGCGGGUUGAAGAAGCCAUAGAGAUGCAGGAAAGAGAAUUAGCCAAAAAGGCUAUUGAGGAAGCUUUAGCUCAAGAAAGAGAAAAGAUCACCGUAUUGACUAAUGAAAUUGAUGAGUUGAAGGUACUGCUAUUAAGAGAACGAGAAGAAAACAGUGCAACUAAGAGUGCACUCGUUGUUGCUCGGGAAGAAAAUGAUGUGCUGAAUAAGAAAAUUGCGGUUGCAGAUGUAAACAUGGAGCAACUUACAGAUACUGUUAAGAGAUUUGAAAAGAAUGUGAUAGAACUGGAGUCUUCAUUGAUGAUAGAAAAGGAACAAAACACUACAAUUAGAAGGGAACUAAAUGAAGCACACCAGAGGGUUGAAGAAUUACUGAGACAAAUUGCAAAUGCCAACGGAAAAUCCACAGAGCUUCAGACUGCUGUGCAAAGGCUGCAAGAAAGUUUAAUUGAGGGAGAAGCUACUUUGCUUGCAGAAAGAAAAGAAAGUGAAGCAACCAAGAAAUCACUCACUGAAGCUCAUGUAAAAAAUGAGGAACUACUCAAUAAAAUUGAAGUAGCUGAACAUAACAUUAGUAACUUCCAAGACGACAUCCAAAGACUUGAAGAAACUGCAGCAGCAUUGGAGACUUCAUUGUUAUCUGAGAAACACCAGAGUACUGCAAUCAUUUCACAAUUAGCUGAAGCACAACAGGGCGUCGAAGUACUGCAGAAGAAAUUUGCUGAUGCCAAUAAGACAAUUGAUCUGCUUCAAGAUUCUUUGAAAAGGUGUGAGGACAAUGCAACCACAAGGGAUGCCUUAUAUGUAGCAGAAAAACAGGAGCAUGAUCAAACCAAACAAGCACUUUCCAAAGCUCAGGAAAGAAAUUUGGAAUUGCUUAGGAAAGUUGAUGAUAGUGAGAAAACUAUAAACAAGAUGCUGGAGAAUGCUCAGAGACUUGAGAAACAUGCAACAGCAAGGGAAUCUUUGCUUCUUAAGACAAAGCAGAAUCUUGGCUGCACUACAAAAGCACUAACUGAAGCACGAGGGAGAAACCGAGAUUUAGUGACAAGUUUUGAGGAUUCAGCUAAAAAAGUCAAUAUGCUUGAGGAUUCACUUAACAGACUAGAAGAAUGCACAGCAGAGAAAGACUCUUUGUUGGCAGUAGAAAGACAAGAAAACAAAAGGACCAAAGAAGAACUGGCCAAUGCCCAGAAAACAAUCAAUGAAUUAGUACACGAGUCACAGCAGUCCCAGGAAAUAAGAAAACAAUUGGAAGAUACCAUCAAGAGGUCUGAUGUUUCUUCAGAGGAUGUGUCCCAACUUCUUUCUCGAUAUCAUCAUUACUCUGUGAUAGUGAUUUUUCAGUGUGAUUUUGAAAGGUUUGAAGCAGAAUCUACUACCAGAGACACAAUAUUGUUAUCAGAGAAACAGGCACAUGAGACGACCAAGAAAGUUCUAACUGAAAUUCAGUGGAGAAAUGAAGAGUUAAUCAAGAAAAUUCAGGAUUGUCAUAAAAAUAUUCUUCAGCUUCAGCUAACUGCGGAGAGGCUUCAGGAAAACACAUCUACUACAGAGGCUUUACUGUUGAAAGAACGAGAACAAAACAAUGCAACCAUGAAGGCACAAGCUGAAACUCAAGAAAGAAAUUUGCUGUUACUAAACAAGCUUGAGGACGUUGACAGAAAAAUUGGUCUUCUUCAAGGAAGUGUACAAAGGCUUGGUGAUAAUACAGCGAAAGACACUUUGCUGCUAUCUGAGAAACGUGAGAAGGAUGCCCUGAAGGAAGCACUUACCGAGAGUGAAUACAAAAAUGAAGAGUUACUGAUGAAAACUGAAGAAGCCAACAAAAAAGUUGAGCAUCUUCAAAACACUAUAAAUUCGCUUAAGGAGAAUAUGGCAGCUUCUUUGGAAGCUGAAAGACAAGAAAAUGAAGCAAUCAAGAGGUCCCUUGUUGAAGCUCAGGAGAGAAACGAUGUAUUAUUUAAGAAAGUUAGGGAUAGCGAAUACAGGGCUCACCAGCUUCAAGAUACUGUCCAAAAGCUUCAAGUAGAUGCCAUAUCUAGACUGUCUAACUUUGUAAUGGAGAAACAAGAUGGCGAUGGUGUCAAGAAUGCAUAUACUGAGGCUCAUGGAACAAAUGAAGAUCUAAUGAAGAGAAAUGAAGACCUCCUAAAAAGGAAUGAUGACUUGGUGAAGAAGAUUGAAGAUUCUGCUAUACUUGUUACUGAGCUUCGAGGGAACUUAGAAAGGUUAGAAGGGAAAGCUGCCAACUUAGAGGCCGAAAAUCAAUUGCUUCGCCAACAAACAAUUGCAACUCCUCCAUCCACAGCAAAGUCUUCUCAAGCUGCAUGCUCUAAAAUCAGUAUGAUCCAUGGUAGUUCCCUUGAUUUGAUUAACCACAAGGAUUAUGAAAAUGGGCAAAGGUUAUUUAAUGAAGUGUAUCAGCACCAGCAACCCCAGAAUCAUCAGCAGUUAUUGCUGAAGUAUAUUACCCAGUAUCUUGGAUUCUUUGAGAGAAAACCUAUUGCUGCUUCUCUUAUAUACUACUGUCUUCUUCAUUGGAGAUCUUUUGAAGAAGCAAAGACAAGUGUCUUUGACAGUAUUAUACAAGUUGUAAACUCAGCAACUGAGGCUCAACAUGAUAUGAGAGGCUUGGCCUACUGGCUGUCCAACUUAUCCACAUUGUCAGUUCUCCUGCAACGCUCAUUUAAAGCCACCAGGGCAACUGUCUCAACUCCACAUAGACGAAGAUUUUCCUGUGAAAGGAUUUUUCAAGCCAAUCAAACUUCAAGCAGUGGACUUGCUUGUCUCAGUGCUCAAUCAGUGGAUGGAGCUAGCGUGUUUCACCAAAUUGAAGCAAGAUAUCCGGCUUUGCUCUUCAAGCAGCAGCUAGUGGAUCAGAUUGAAAAGGUGUAUGGAGUGAUAAGCGACAAAAUGAAGGAGUUAAAUCCAUUACUUGAAUUGUGCAUACAGGAUCCAAGAACUUCCUACUCAAAUCAAGCAAAGGCCUUGAUGUCUCCUGCUAGUGGCUUGGGCCAACAGGACCAACUCAUGCAUUGGCUGAGCAUCGUGAAAAUCUUCAACAGCUAUUUGCAUGUUCUCAGAGCCAAUCAUGUUCCCUCAAUUUUGGUCCACAAAUUGCUUACCCAAAUAUUUUCUAUGGUCAAUGUGCAAUUGUUUAACAGGCUCCUCUUGAGGCGUGAGUGCUGUUCCUUUAGCAAUGGGCAAUACAUCAAAGAUGGGCUAACUCAACUAAGAUAUUGGUGCAAUGACGUCGGUCAAGAGUUUGCAGACUCGGCAUGGGUAGCACUGAGGCAUAUAAGACAAGCUGUUGACUUUGUGGUAAUUUCUCUGAAGCCAAUAAGGACAUGGGAAGAAAUAUGCAAUGAUAUUUGCCCGGCUCUCAGUUUGCAGCAGCUAGAGCGGAUAGUCGGUAUGUAUUGGGAUGAUUUAAAUGGAACAAAUGUAACUUCAGCCGAGUUCAUAUCAAGCAUGAGAGCUAUGCUGCGUGAAGAAUCAAAUAGCGUCUCCAGCUUUUCGGUCCUGCUGGAUGAUGAUUCCAGCAUACCUUUUUCGCUUGAAGAUAUCUCGAAGUCGAUGCCAAACAUUGAGGAGACGUCAGUUAAUGACCUGCUACCUUUUAUCCGCGAGAACCAAAAUUUUGCGUUUAUAUUGUAA